CAUUGCUAAUGUUUGACUUCUGUCUAGAAUUAUGGUAAAUUAUGAAAAACUGAAGUCCCGCAUCAGUGAGAUUGUUGACAGCAAGCGAAGAUUGGAAGAAGAAUUGAAGAAACAAGCAGCUGUUUAUCGAGAAACUGACAAAAGAAUGAACAGCAUUAAACCUGACCUGAUUCAAUUAAGAAAGACAAGAGACCAGUACCUUUCGUGGUUGACACAGAAGGGUGUUCGACAAAAGAAGAUCAAUGAGUGGCUUGGAAUUAAGAAUGAGAAUGCUGAAGACCAAUACUCUAUGGUGGACGAUGAUGAAGAUCUACCCCAUCACGAUGAACGAACGUGGAAUGUAGGAAAUAUCAACAGGAUUCGGGCAGAGAGCUUACUGAGAGGAAAACGGGAUGGAACAUUCCUAGUCAGAGAGAGCAGCAAACCAGGCUGUUAUGCUUGCUCAGUCGUGGUUGAUGGUGAUGUAAAACACUGUGUCAUAAACAAAACCCCCACAGGAUAUGGAUUUGCAGAGCCAUACAAUUUGUAUAACUCACUUAGAGAACUGGUGCUACAUUAUCAGCACACGUCGCUUGUACAGCAUAAUGACUCCCUCAAUGUCACACUAGCCUAUCCAGUAUACGCUAAUCAGAGAAGAUGAGAGCUAAACACCUUGGUUUUUGAUUGCUGGACUUGAGGUCAUUGAAAAGGCUCAUACUCCUUUGCUCUGAUUCAGUUUGACUCCUAUUCAGAAGACAGUAUGCAAAGCGAACUUGAGCUUUCCACAGAUUUAACUGGGAGAAGUAAACAUGUGGAGCUGUGAAUGUAAAAUCCUGAAGUGCUUUUUAAGAAAGCACAAGUUAAUUGAGAAUGGCAAAACUAUCUCCUUGUUGGGGAUGUUGGGGCCUAUUUUUAUUGGUGCUUGUUUACGUUCUUCAAGAUGAUGAUUUACCAGCUGGAAUGUCGGAUACUGCAAAUCCCAGGGAUAUUACAAAAGAAACCUGAAGAAGGAACAUUGAAAUGUUAAUUGUAUCUAUUGGAGAUGUGUUUCUUUGAUCCGAACUGAGGAAAUGUAUCAAAAAGGAAUGACUGGUUUGAGAAGUAAAUGAGGACUUUAUUAAGUAAAGCAAACUGGCACUUUGGAAAUCUACCAGAAUUAAGAUGAGAAAGGGAAUGCUUUGUUUGGUAGGUGAAGGAAUUGGAUCACCGUAACAAAGUGCCAGAUUUGUAGAGUUCAGGCAUUUCAGCCUGCUUUAUAAAACUGUUAAAACCUGGAGAAAAAGACUUCAAUAAAAAAUGGCACACAGUAUGUAAAAUCAUUGUAUAUAAUACGUAAGGAUUAUGACACUCUGGGAGAGUCAAUCAAGGAAAAUGGUAUCAGCCUAACAUACCGGACUUUGCAUUUUGUGUUUUCCUAUUUUAAAGCUGAUGUUUUUCCAGAUAUUGCUAUGCAGGGCUGCAUAUUGUAUAUUUUCAAAGAAAAACAUACCCACGAUAUAAGCUUUGUUUUGUUGCCAAUAAGUGUUGUCAGUUGUUAUAAAUCUUCUGUUAGGUGUUUUUAAAACACCAAAGCCGCCUGUGAAUGCAACGUCUAAAGUUGGAAGGGGAGGGAGCACAAACCGAUGCAUUUUGAAUCUUUAUUAAUGCAACCUGAGUAGCAUAUUUGGCUGUAAUGAGCCAAGAAUUAAACAAAAAUUUCAAACUUGUUUCAGAGAUUCUUCAUUAAAUGGCAAUGAUUUUUCAGCUAUUUCAAAAGUACGUUUUAGCUAUGUUUCUUUUUAGUCAGUGCAACCUUUUUUUAUUACAAUGUAUCCAGGAAACACUAAAGAAAAUGUUUGAGAAGGUGUCAAACACCUAUAGCCAGGCCAGGAGUUAAUAUUUUUAGUGUCUGUAAUGCUACCUUGCAGCAGGUUAAAAACUGGAGCUAUUCAUCUUCCUCUGAUUCAAUCCUUCCUACAAUUUUCAGGCUUUUGAAACCCAAACUGAUAAUGAUCUAAUUGCUGUUUUCUAAUUUUCCUCAUCUUUGUUUUCAGUUUUGCCAUUGUCCUGUACUGAUGGGCCUUAGCCCUUUGUUUAGUACCUCAAUUAUAGAAAAAAAAAUCAUGGUUUGUAAAGGAUGUAAUUGUAACCCUGCAACAGAACUUCUGGUGGCCAUGCUAGUGGAAAAUGACACAGUUGAUGUUAAAAUCCCUUAUCUUAGAACUUGUUUCAUUAAUAUAGUUUAUUGUUUCACACAACUCCAAAAGCUCAAGCGUUUUGUAACUAGGUGUAUGUUUUCAGACUUCAGAAAAAAAACACCAAAAUACCCCCACAGACACAGCUAAAUAUUUAGCUGCAUAAUGUGGCUCAAUAGCACAGAUUGGGUGAAGCACUGCCCUUCUGAAUUAAACAAAAUCAUGAAUUGUCAAUGCUGUAACUCAGCUUGUAAGUUUUGCUAUUCUAGUUUGAGGAGCUAGAGUGUACCUCAUUUUUCUUCAACUUUACUGUGAAGAUUUUAUUUACAAAUAAGUUAUUUGCCACUUACAAAGCACAUUCGGAUCAUCUAGCUGCAGGGUAAUAUAGACUGCAGUUAUAAAAUUAGGUCAUGGUAACCUUGCUGCCGCACCACUGAACGAGAUUGAGAGAAUUCGUGCAUUAAACAGGAACGUUGAGAGUUGGGAUGGGGAGUAAAAUAAAUUAGUGAUUGCAGGAAAAACAUAAUUGGUUUCAUAAAUGAAUACUUUGUGGAUAAUCCUACGUGAAACUGAAAAAAAGUGCUUUACCAUGAAGUAUAUAACUAUUGAAAUCUGCACGUCACAACUUAAUGUGGACUUCCAUAACUAUGCAACUUGAAUUGUCUUAGAAUGUGAAUCUAACCCUGCUAAGAGACAAUCAAGUGAAAUUUAAGAGAUAGUAGGAACUGCCGAUGCUGCAGAAUCUGAGAUAACCAGGUGUAGAGCUGGAUGAACACAGCAGGCCGAGCAGAAAAGCUGACGUUUCGGGUCUGGACCCCUCUU